AUGGGAAAUACCGGGGAAGGGCAAGGGAAGAACAAGAGGAGGUUUGUCACUAAUAGUGUCCAAAUAGAGGAUGUAGGCGACUCUACAAGCGGCACUACUCCACAGCGCAGUCGGGGCACCCAGAGGGAGAACACUAGACUCAAAGAGAGAGUAUCAUUUCUUAAAAGUCAGCUGAAGAGCCUAGAAACGGAACUGAGAGAGCAUCCCCAAGAAACCGUAAGGAAUGAAGUCUCCGAUGAGGAAGCAUAUUCAUCGGAAGAACAGGAGGAAGAACCUCGAAGGGAAACUCCACACAAGCGCAGGGCCAUGGGCACAUCUGGGGGAAGAAGGAGGAAUGCACCUCACCGACAAGUGCCAAGACUAAGCAAUAGUCCAUUCUCAGACGAGAUCUUACUGGAACCCUUACCAGUGAAUUAUCGCCCAGUCUCUCUCGACUAUGAUGGGACAACUGACCCGGAAGCACAUAUGGCACGGUUCGAGGGCCUAACAUCGUUACACCAAUAUGGAGAAGGCAUAAAAUGCCGAAUUUUUGCCACCACCUUAUCAGGAAUGGCCCAGAGAUGGUUCCACAACUUGAAAAGCAGCUCCAUCUACUCUUAUGGGGACUUAUACCUCAUGUUUAUGCGACAGUUUGCUAGCUCCAAGAGAAUGGGAAAGACCGCUAUAUCUUUGAUGGAUGUCAAACAGGAACCACAGGAAUCGUUAAGGGAGUACGUGACCAGGUUCAACAUGGCCGUGUUAGACACACCAGAGGCAGAAUCGUUGAUCAAAUGUUACGCGUUCGUUCGAGGAUUAAAGCAAGGUCCCCUUUUCGACGCAUUACAAAUAACACCGCCUAAGGAAUUCGACAACAUCAUGGCUAUAUUACCAGGAUACCUACAAUUGGAGGAUGCCAAGGCUGCACGUAGGGCCGAAGCCGAUAAACUCCGCGCGAAGAAAGGUGACAACGGGAUGCAUCCCGGCGAAAAACACUCUCAGAGAAUACCAUAUAAGGGUCUGCCACCGAGAAUGCCAGCCAUGGCGGUCGAAACAAGGCCUCCCUCCCCGAGACCUGCGCAGCCAGAUCGGCGCAACAAAACUGGGGAUACACAUGAGCGUCACCCUUUGGACAGGCCUGCUGACGAGAUUUUCCAUCUUGUCAAAGAUGAAGUUUGGUUCCGAGCCCCAUGGAAUUACACCCGCGGUGAUCCCAAACCAGGGAAAAAUGACCAACUAUGCGAAUACCAUAAUGCUUAUGGGCACACAACCGCAAAUUGCGGACACCUGAUGAAUCAGCUGGAGAUAUUGGUGAGACAAGGUCGACUAGACAGAUUCGUCACUGGACCCCCGAGAGCAAUGAACGGAGAACGGCACAACCGUGACCGGGAUAACCAUAGGCGUGAUAGGGGGGAGAGAAGAAAUGACCCAGACGACAGGCAGGAAAGAGAAUUAAGGAAUGAGGCACCAGAACGACCACCUUUCCAGAGGGAAAUUCAUAUGAUCGUUGGAGAAAACGGUAUGCCUACAUCAAACAGAGCGAAGAAACAACUUGUCAGGGCUGUGAGAACAGGACACUUUAAUUUAACUCUAAGGUCAUGGCUAUCACCAGCGCAGCCAGCGAACCCACCAUAUCCUUUGGCCCGGAAGAUGCCAGACCGUUAA